AGUAGAAAACGACGUAGAAGAGAAAGAAGAACGCCGUCGUGUGCUAGCUAUAAUGACAAGUUGGUAACGAGUUAUUGAGACUUGACAGAGCAUAAAUGUAAAGCACAAAGCUGCAGAAAGAUUCAGGUACCGCUACGGGCAGGUCAUGCAGCGCUCUAAAAGGUAAUGAGCCGUAAAGCCUCAGGGUCUCGGCUCAGCGGCGCCCACAAACUGCGGCCACACUGGAACGACUGGCAGCCCAGAGGUGACGGUGUGUCAUCCGUUCAGGACGAAGUGAAAUCCAGAGAACCUGGUUCUGGGCCACUGUAUGACGUUUUGCCCUCCUGGUGCCCUGAACAGUUGGCAGUGCACAGUGAUGCCUACGCUGCUACAGAUGCACAUCAGGAGGAGGCUGGACAUGAAGCUGAGCCAGGUGUCUGUGAUACAGCAUUUGGUUGGAAGUCGCUGGGGGAAGAGUUGAGACCCAAUGACGUGACAACGGAUCUGACUACAUUUCAGCAUGGAAAUCGUGCUUUAGCUUCAAAGGAAAUGAGGAAAUCGCAGGACAGAGGGAUGGCUCACUCGGAGGAGUCUCGACUGGCCAACCUCCUGCGCAGAGUCUCCAGGGAGGAUGAUCGUGACCGUAGGCUGGCCACCUUAAAACAGCUGAGAGAGUUUAUCAGCCAUGGCGAGAGCAAAGUGACCAUGGUCAAACAGUUGGACACCACCCUCAGCACCUUGAAUGAUAUCUUAAAUGAGAGCAGUAAGCUGCUGUGGGAGUUGCGUCAGGAAGCAGCAGCCUGCGUAGGUCUCCUUUGCACGGUGCUCAGCUAUGAGGCGGAGCGCAUCUUCAAGUGGCUUUUCCUGAAGUUUAAUUCUAGCAUUCGUGAUGAAGUGAAACUACUGUACCUGGUGGCGGCGCAGCGUGCUUUGGAGGCUGCUGGAGAGAGAAAAGCCUUCUCUCAUAUCAUGCAGCUGGUGAUGAGCAACCUGCAGUCCAUCCUUGAGAAUGUGGACACACCAGAGCUGCUCUGUCAGAGUGUGAAAUGUAUUCUCCAGGUGGCCCGUUGCUAUCCUCAUGUCUUCAGCACCAACUUCAGGGACACAGUGGACAUCUUAGUGGGCUGGCAUAUUGACCACACCCAGAGGCAGGCACUAACGCAGCAGGUUUCAGCUUGGUUACAGAGUCUGGAGCAGUUCUGGGUGGCAGAUCUGACCUUCUCCACCACCCUCCUGGGGCAGUUUUUGGAAGACAUGGAGGCAUACGCUGAGGACCUGAAUCAUGUGACGUCCGGUGAGGUGCUGGAUGAAGACAUCCCUCCUCCUUCAGUGUCCCUGCCCAAGCUGGCGGCGCUGCUGAGGGUUUUCAGCACAGUGGUCCGCAGCAUCGGAGAGCGAUUUAGUCCUGUGAGAGGACCGCCCAUCACCGAAGUCUAUGUCACUGAUGUUUUAAACCGGGUUCUGGCCUGUGUGACAGCAGCGAAGCAGGUCCAAUUCUCAGAGGCCGUUCUCACAGCAGGGAAUGAGUGUGUGGGGGUGUUGCUGGCCAGCGUGGAGCCCAUAGGUCAGCUCAUGGAGGCCGUCCUUGCUUACGGCCUGGACCAGCUGGACUGCUGCCUGGCUUGUGGCUCUGAUUACAGCCUUGCUGUGCUCAGUCUUCUCACUCUGAUUGUGGAUCAGGUGAACACCAGACUUCCUGUGUCAUUUGUUGAGAGACUCCUGGCACCACACUCCCAGCUUCUGAAUCUACGUUUCCAUCCUGAGAAGGAGGUGAUGGCUGCUGUACACAGUGUUUACCAGGCACUGCUGAGCCUCAAAAACAUUCCCACACUGGAGGCGGCUUAUAAAAUGGUGUUGGGUGAGAUGGCCUGUGCUCUGUGUAGCCUGAUGGAGAGCCUGGUUCCCACUGACAGGAGCAUGGCUCCUGGGAGCACAUGUUCAACCAUCCAGCAUCCUGCAUUUGCUUCUCUCACUCUACCUGUGGAGAAGGCUCAGUUUACCCUUAUCUUUAACCUCAGCACCCUCACCACUAUCGGAAACACCAAGAAUUCUCUUAUAGGGAUGUGGGCAUUGUCUCCAACAGUCUUCACUCUGCUGAGUCAAAACUUGAUUCUGGUUCAUGCUGAGCUGGCGGUGUACUACCCUGCCAUCCAGUAUGCUGUACUCUACUCCCUGUAUUCACACUGCACCAGACACGACCAUUUUAUCUCAUCCAGCUUGUCGUCAUCAUCUCCCUCUCUGUUUGACGGGGCAGUCAUCAGCACAGUGACCACAGCCACAAAGAAACAUUUUGGCACAUUGCUAAGCCUCCUGGCUAAUCUGUUAUCAAAGGAGCACCUUUACCCUGAUGCCAGGAAGCUUCUGCUGACCUGGGCUCAGGAGAUCUCCUUGCUGAUGAUGAAGUCAGACACCUACAGCCCCCUCUUCUCGCUGCCGUCAUUCAACAGGUUCUGCAGAGGCCUGCUGGAUAAUGCUCUACAUGAAGAUCACAGUAUCUGCCUUCAAACAUGCCAUAGCUUACAGGUCCUCUCCACAUGUCUGUCUACUGAACUCCUGCAGAGGUGUGUGGAUGCCUGCAGAGUCCAGUUGGUUCACUCAGCAGUAAGAGUAAGGCAGGCCUUUGCCAAACUUCUCAGAAUGAUUCCUCUGGAUGUGGCUUUGAGUAACCACAGGCACUCCGAGAUCAGAGAGAUCUCUCUGGCAAUUCGCCACCACAUGAGCCAACCACCAAGCAGCACUUUCCACCCCCAGGACUUCAGUGACCUCAUCAGCUUCAUCCUGUAUGGAGUCCUUCAUCGUGGAGGCAAGGACCCGUGGUUGGAGCGUCUGUACCUCAGCUGCCAGCGGCUCGACAAACGUGAGCACCGUGGAAGUGUUGAUGGCAGCAGGCCACAGGUGAUGCCACGGGCAUUGCUAAAAACUGAGACGGUGCUGUGGCAGUGGGCGGUUUGGGAGGCUGCUCAGUUCACCGUGUUGUCAAAGCUCCGCACACCACUGGGUCGAGCUCAGGACACCUUCCAAACCAUUGAAGGGAUGAUCCGAUGCCUGGCUGCACACACUCUGAACCCGGAACAAGAUCUUGGAGCCUGGGCUGGUCCUGGAAGUGAUGGAGAUGGCCACCACUCAAACCAGCUCCGCCUUACCCUGCUGCUUCAGUACCUGGAAAACCUGGAGAAGCUCAUGUACAAUGCUUAUGAGGGCUGUGCUAAUGCUCUUACUUCUCCACCAAAGGCCAUUAAGACUUUCUUCUACACAAACCGUCAGACCUGCCAAGACUGGCUGACCAGAAUCCGCCUGGCCUUGAUGAGAGUUGGUCUUCUUUCUGGCCAGCCUGCAGUGACUGUUCGCCAUGGCUUCGACCUGCUUACAGAGUUUAAGAACAGCGGCGCCCAGGCUCCAGAGCUUGAAGUUCCUCUUGCAUUGCUGGUGGAGGCUCUGUGUGAGUUACGCUGUCCUGAAGCCAUCCAGGGCCUGGCAUCCUGGAGUCUCCUCACCUCUGGCAAGAGUCUUGGCUGGUUGUCAUCGGUUGCCCUGCAGGCUGAGGGACGGUUUGAAAAAGCAGCUUUAGAGUAUCAGGAUCAACUUUCUGCUGUCACUGGGAUGGACUGUGGCAUCAAAAGCUCUGAAAGCUCCCUGCUUAAGCUCUCCAACAACAUGAGCAGCCCCAAACACACCAACAAUGGUGACAGCAGGAAGACAGUGCUGCUAAAGUCCAGUGAGUGCUCCCCUGAGGUGAUCAACCUUCUGGCCAACAAGGCCUGUCAGUGUUAUGUUGCACUCUGUGACUGGGCCUCAGUCAGAGAGUGGCAGGCCACGGCCAGCGCCCUCAAACAGAACUCUACCAAUCCAGUCAGCAUCAAUCUCAAGACAGAUUUCAACUACAUCCAGGCUCUAUGCUGCUUUGAGGAGGGAGAUCUGACAGAGUGUGGGACACAGCUGGAGCUGCUGCCUGGAGAAGACUACAGUGCUUUUAGCAGCAACAAGGACAAACUUGAUCUGAAAAGGCUUCUGCCUUCCAUGAGUCCAGAUCCAGCUGAGCUGCAGAGAGCCAUCGAGGUGCAGCUGCUUCGCAGUGCUGUUAGUGCCAUGGCUAGAGCCAGUCACGAGCAGAGGACCACAUCCAAUCCAGAUACAUUGGUGCGAUGCUUGAAACAGACAGGAAGGAUCUGCUUGGGUCCUCUUCGCCUCUCCACCCUCACUCUUUCUGACAGCUUGCCCACGCUAGCCACGCUGCAGCUCCAUGUCACCACCGCUCUGGAAAUCACCCUCACGGGCCAAGAUGAUUGUGUGAUUCCUCUUAGCAGUGAGGCGUUAAACUCUUGUAAACAACAAGAUGUCCAGCUUUUCCUCCAAACACUAAGAUAUUCCACAUUCCAAAGACAACUGCUUCAAAAACUCCAAAAAGGCUACUCCUCCUCCAUAGAUGGCCAUCUUUUAGAGCUUUGUCUAACUGCUGCCAAAUUUGCCCGGAAAAAAGGCAACAUUGCUCUAGCAUCUCGCCUUCUUAGCCAGUGCAGUGAUGGGACCCAAGAAGAGAAGCAGGAAGAUGAUCUGUGUCAGACCUCUAAGCGGCUCUCGUUGGAGGGCACUGUGGGGGAGAAAUGGGGACCAGAGGUUCAGAUAGAAAAGGCCAAAGUGCUUAGAACUGCAGGCCAGUCAACGGCAGCCAUGGAGAUGCUGAGCAGGGCAGCUCUGUCCUACUGCCAGCUGGGGAAGAAUGAAGGUGCAGCCUGCCGUUCUUUGCUGACCCUCUGCAAAUGGCUGUUGGCUGACUGGAAGGACAUGACACCUCAGCUUAAACAGGUUGUAAAGAAGUCAGGAGCUAUAAACUCAUCUGCUUUGGGCAACAUGUCGCCUCUGAGUCGAAAUAUUGCUGACUUGCUGGGGCUUCCUCUGGAAGAUCAGAACGUUCCCCACAUCACUGCAGUAACAUCAGUGAAUGUAGGAGUGGGAGAACCAGACUUUGUUUUGGGCCAGCUCUACCAGCUGUCCACCAGCCUGGCUCCAGAAAUGGCCAAGUCCUGGGCAGCUCUGGCCAGCUGGGCUUACCGCUGGGGCAGGAAGGUGGUGGAUAACGCCAGCCAAGGGGAGGGUUUGCCACUCCUUCCAGGGGAAAAGAAGGAUAUAGAGGAGCUGCUCCCAGCAACCACCAGUGAAGAAGAUAAGGAAACCAUCUUCAGCAUUCUGGGACAGGCCAUGUGUCGCCCAACUGGUAUCCAGGAUGAGGACAUGGCUCUACAGCAAGAGGACGAUGAGGAUGACAUGGUGGAUGUGAUAUGGCGGCAGCUCACCAGCUCAUGCCCCUGGCUCGGAGAAGCGGGCCAGCACGUCACAGACGGUCUUAUUCGGGUUUGGAGACGAGUAGUGGACCGGAUCUUCGGCCUGUAUCGGGUAUCCUGCCAUGCCUAUUUCACCUUCCUCAAACUUAAUGCAGGACAGGUGCUUGUUGAUGAGGAUGACCCGAAGCUCCUGUUGUCCUGUCACAACAGCAAACAGAGCAAUGAUGAUGUUAUCGUCAUGGCAACCCUGCGUCUUCUUCGGCUACUGGUGAAGCAUGCUGGUGAACUGAGAGAAGGGCUGGAGCUGGGCUUGGCUUCAACUCCCACUGCCCCCUGGAGGCGCAUCAUCCCCCAACUGUUUUCGCGCCUCAACCAUCCAGAAGCUUACAUCCGGCAGAGUAUAUGCAGCCUGCUGUGUCGAGUGGCCCAAGACUCCCCACACCUGAUCCUUUACCCUGCUAUUGUAGGAUCACUGUCCUUGGGAGGCGAGGCUCAGAAUGCAGGGAGCAAAAUGCCACCGUCUCUGCCAGCCUUCCUGGGAAGCAUGCAGGGAGAGGACCUGGGCGGAGAGGAGGACGACGACGAGGAGGGACUGCAAAGUGCUAAAGGAGGAGGAGCUACAGAAGAGAUGGCAACUUGUUCCAGUCAAGAUCAAGCCAUGAUGCAAGACUGUUACAGCAAGAUAGUGGAGAAGCUGUCUCUAGCUAACCCAACUAUGGUGCUUCAGGUCCAGCAGCUGGUGGGUGAGCUGCGCAGAGUGACUCUACUGUGGGACGAGCUUUGGCUCGGUGUGUUGCAGCAGCAACACAUGCACGUCCUGAGAAGAAUCCAGCAGCUGGAGGACGAGGUCAAGAGGGUGCAGAACAACAACACACUGCGCAGGGAUGAAAAGAUUGCCAUCAUGCGUGAGAAGCAUUCUGCAUUGAUGCGGCCUGUGGUUUUUGCUCUGGAUCAUGUGUGUAGUAUCACCGCAGCUCCAGCAGAGACGCCACAUGAAACAUGGUUCCAGCAGACCUACGGUGAUGCCAUCAGGUCUGCCCUGGAGCGCCUGAAAAACCCAGCCAAUCCUGCUAACCCAGCUAGUAGCUGGCUUCCUUUCAAGCAGAUAAUGAUGAGCCUCCAACAACGUGCUCAGAAGCGAGCCAGCUACCUGCUCCAUCUGGAUGAAAUCAGUCCUCGGCUGGUCUCCAUGACUACAACUGAGAUGGCCCUGCCAGGUGAGGCAUCUGCCUCGGAUGCCGUCACUAUACAAAGUGUGGGCAACACCGUCACCAUCCUGCCCACUAAGACCAAGCCAAAGAAGCUAUUUUUCCUGGGCUCAGAUGGCCGCAACUACCCAUAUCUCUUCAAAGGCCUGGAGGAUUUACAUCUAGAUGAGCGCAUCAUGCAGUUCUUGUCGAUCGUCAACACCAUGUUUACCAAGAUCAACCAGCAGGAGCAGCCACGUUUUCAUGCUCGCCACUACUCUGUCACCCCCCUUGGAACCCGAUCCGGACUAAUCCAGUGGGUAGAUGGUGCCACUCCACUUUUUGGACUUUACAAGCGCUGGCAGCAGAGGGAGGCUGUACUGCAAGCUCAGAAGGCCCAGGACUCCUUCCCACAGCCGCAGCCUGUCCCCCCAGUGCCCCGCCCCAGUGAGCUGUACUACAGCCGCAUCGGUCCAGCUCUGAAGGCAGUGGGGAUGAGUCUCGAUGUGAGUCGUCGAGACUGGCCCCUCAGUGUCAUGAAGGAUGUGCUGAAGGAGCUGAUGGAAGCUACACCUUCCAACUUGCUGGCAAAGGAGCUCUGGUGUUCCUGCAUCACACCCAGCGAGUGGUGGAGAGUCACACAGUCAUACGCCAGAUCCACUGCUGUCAUGUCCAUGGUGGGAUACAUAAUCGGCCUCGGUGAUCGUCACCUUGACAACGUGUUGAUUGACAUGACCACCGGAGAAGUGGUACACAUCGACUACAACGUAUGCUUUGAAAAAGGGAAGAGCCUUCGGGUGCCAGAAAAGGUUCCCUUCAGGAUGACCCACAACAUCGAGAGUGCUCUAGGAGCGACUGGAGUGGAGGGUAUCUUUAGGCUGUCCUGUGAACAGGUGGUUCAGAUAAUGCGUAGGGGCAGAGAGACCCUCCUCACCUUGUUGGAAGCCUUUGUCUAUGAUCCUCUGGUGGACUGGACCGCUGGCGGGGAGGUGGGCUUUGCCGGGGCGGUGUAUGGAGGAGGCGGCCAGCAGGCUGACAGUAAAAAGAGCAAGAGAGAGAUGGAGAGGGACAUCACUCGCUCUCUGUUUUCCUCCAGGGUCGCUGAGAUCAAGGUGAACUGGUUUAAGAAUCGAGACGAAAUGCUGGCUGUUCUUCCACAAGUGGAAGAAGCUGUGGACGAGUACUUAGUCCUGCAAGACUUGCUGUGCCAAGGAGAAAAACUACAGGCCACAUUACAGGAGGAGAUGGACUUCUUGGAGGGGGCUGAGAACCAUCCGGACCAUGUGAUCCUCACCCUGGAGCAAAGGUACUCUGAACAUACCCAGCUGCAGUCACAGCAGAGGACCGUGCAGGAGGCUAUUCAGGCCAAGCUGGCUGACCUGGAGCAGUGGAUCUCCCAGUACCACGCAGCAUUUUCCAGCCUGGAGGCCACACAGCUUGCAAGCCUGCUGCAGGACAUAAGCAGUCCCAUAGAUCUUGGUCCUCCAAGCUAUGUGCCAGCCACUGCUUUUCUGCAGAAUGCAGGCCAGGCCCACCUCAUCAGCCAGUGCGAGAGCCUGGAAGCAGAGCUGAGCUCCCUGCUGCAGCAGCGCCGGGCUGCCCUGCGUAGUUGCCUCGAGCAGCUCCACAGCUAUGCCACAGUGGCUUUGCUGUACCCACGAGCUACCCUGCUAUUUCACAGAGUCCACCAGUGGAAGGCUUGGUUAGAGGAACUGCUGAGAGACAUGACAGUAGAGCACUGUCAGCACAUCUACAGGCGGUAUGAAGUGCUGUUUGCCCCUCAGCCUCCCCCAGCCUCCUCCCAGUUUCUGUCCAGUGUGGAGUUAACUUUGCAGCAUCAAGUGGCUGAGAUCAAUGAGCGAAUGAUGCACCAAGCAGAGCGGCUGAAGGCGGAGGGCACCACAGUAGCAGCUUGCGAGGACCAGUUGCAGGAGAUUGAAAACUGCAUUGCAGUCUUCCUGCAGGAGAAUGGAGAGCCAGGAUCCCUGAGCCUCGCUGCAGUCAUCACCUCUGCCCUCUGUACCCUCUGCAGACGUAACCUGGUGAUGGAGGGUGCAGCAGCCAGUGCUGGAGAGCAGCUCGUAGACCUGACGUCUCGGGAUGGAGCUUGGUUUUUGGAGGAGUUGUGCAGUAUGCUGGGGAAUGUCUGUGGUCUGGCAACACUGCUACAGCGCUGCCCGCUCCUACCUCAUGACCUGGAGCUCCCUGCACCGUCAGAUACCACCCAGGCCAUGUACCUGGCCAACGCUGUUUACACCUGCCUACAGGAACUGAACACCAACUUCAGGCAGAUUAUAUUCCCUGAGGCACUGCGCUGCAUGAUAAAAGGAGAGCCCACCCUGGAGUCCAUGUUGGCGGAGCUGGAGCAGCUGGUGGAGCAAAGCUCAGACGGUCUCAGCCUGCAGGGUCUGGCUGAUAGUCUGCAGGCCACAACAGGCUUGGACCAUGAUGGGCAAAGUCACUUCCUACACAUCACCAGAAUGCUGCGUGCCCAGUACUCCGAGCUUAUCCAGCCUCACAGCAUGGAUGGACAGGGCCAAGAAACACCAAAGAUGUCAGCCGGUCAAAUGCUGCUGGUUGCCUUUGAUGGCAUGUUCACCCAACUAGAGGCUGCUUUUGGCCAACUCACAGAGAAGCUGAGCUCUUUGGAGGUGCCACUGUCCUGGAGGAAGGUGGAUGUUCUGAGGGAGGCUCGGGCAACACAGCUCAACUUCUUUGACAGCCCGAAUCAGCGCCAGCUCUUGGAGGAGGUGUUUUUCCUGAAGAGACUGCAGACCAUCAGAGACUUCUUCCUCCUCUGCUCAUCCUUUGCUCAAACUCUGUCUGGUACCUGCCUACCGGCUGAAGACCUGAUCCCUACAAAUGGACCUGUUGGUUUGGGGAAGCCUCUGUACCGACGGCCCAGUGGCACAGGGUCAGGUGUAGCAGUGAUCAGCGAGGAGCAGAUGAUCCGCCCCAUCAAGGCCUUCACAGCUGAGUUUGUUCGCCAGAUGCUGAUGGGUCUGCCCAAUCAGGCCAUCGGUCUGGCCCUCUGCAGCACUCUCUCUGCUCUCGGUCUGGACGUGGUGGCUCAGGUGGAGGCAAAGGACUUUGGUGCAGAGAUCAAGGUUUCUCUGGAUGAGCUUUGUAAAAAGGCAGUGGAGCAGAGUCUGGCAUCAGGCCGAGUCUCCCAGCUGCUGCUGAACAGAUCCACAGUCCUGGCCUCUUCCUACGACACAGCCUGGAAGAAAGUUGACCUACUGAGGAGGUUGGACAUUAAUCUGGAGGCUGCAAAGGCCAGUCUACAGAGGAGCCAGCUGCAUACUGCAAUGUUUCAGUGGCAGCAUGAGGAUGUUCUUGGUCCCAACAAUCAACCAUCGAGUGUCAGCAUUGCUCCUCGCCCUGUGAUCCUCAGCAACAUGAAGAAGAAGCUGUACAGGCUGAGUCAGGAUGAAGGAGCCAUUGUUGCCAUUCAGGAGAAACUGGUUUCUCUAGAGGCCAGCAUUGAGCAGCGUUUGAAGUGGGCUGGUGGAGCCAAUCCUGCAUUGGCUCCAGUCCUGCAGGACUUUGAGAUGACAAUCCGAGACAGACGAGCCAUGGUGGCUAGAGACAACCAGCGUACCAGCCAGGUCACCUUCUUAUGCUCCACCAUCCUUAACUUUGAAGGCCUCCGGACCCGAUCCCCUGAGGCGCUCAGUAUGGACACAGCUCUUUUUGAGCUGCUGAAGCGCUGCCAGCAAACCUGCUCAUAUGCUUCCCAGUUCAGCAGCACAGUUUCUCCAUUGGAGCUGCAACUUCUACACAGACUGGGUCCAGUGGUAGACCUGCCAAUCGGAAGUCCUGAUUGGCUGAGCGGUGCACAGAGGCAGCUGGAGGAGGAACUGAGUAUCGAGCGCAGGAAGCAGGAAGAGCGGGAACAGCAGCUGGAGGCCUGUGGAGAGACACUGCAGCUGCUGGUCGAUUCCAUUAAGACCAUUCUGUCUAACCACAAUCGCCAGCUGGCUGAUGUCAAGCAUCUGCUGAAAGCCAUGGCUAAGGAUGAGGAAGCUGCACUAGCAGAUGGUGAAGAGGUGGCAUACGAGGGCAGCGUACGUCACUACCUGUUGGAGUACAAAGCUUGGCAGGACAACAUCCAACUCGUGUUGUUUACUGUGGUCCAGGCCAGUGGACAGCACCGCAACCAGGAGCAGCUAGAUCUGCUGGAGGACAUUCCUGCUACCCUGAAGGAGCUGCACACACAGAGCCAGAGUGUUUACAAUGGCCUGGUGGGCUUUGCCUCCCCACUGGUGACUGUCAGAGAGGCUGAAUGCUCCAGUCCUGUUUCUUCGGCUCAGACGAGCUUUGCAGCAGCUGUUCGAUGCAGUGGAGUGAAGACACAGCCAGACUCCAUGUCCCAGAAUGCACGCAAAGCACUGCCUCGUAACCUGGGAACCCCCACUGAUACCCCACCUAGCACUCUGGUGAUGAACAGCAAAGGUCUCAACCCCAGCCCAAAGAGGGCUGUACGAGACCCGAAAACGGGUCGAGCUGUGCAGGAGAGGAACUCGUAUGCAGUCAGUGUGUGGAAGAGAGUGAAAGCGAAGCUGGAGGGCAGAGACAUUGAUCCCAACAGGAGGAUGAGCGUCACAGAGCAGGUGGACUUUGUCAUCAAAGAGGCUACCAACAUGGACAACCUGGCCCAGCUGUAUGAGGGCUGGACAGCCUGGGUGUGAGCACUGUGCUACUUCAUGUCUAUGGUCCAGCGAAGGCUUGGAGAUCCACCAGAGUCCUGCGGGACUGGGGUGUCGGAAUAGCAGCACCGGGCCACCCGAGGGGGAGGAAAAUGGGAGGCGGAAUCUUAGUCCGCCCUCCUAAGCUCCUGGGCAUCCAAACUGGGGCAGCAGCCUCGUGGCAUCGCUGCAACCACACUCCCCUUCAACCACUGGCGCUCAGGCUAGUGCAACGCUUAGUGAGCCUGCUGACCCACCCUCCUUUUAGGAGCUGGGUCGGGUAAAACACCGCUGUCGGAAGGGGGAGGGGGGAAGGAGGAGAAAUGCCUCCUAACCCUCCUCUUGGAAAUACCUUCCCCCUCCACCUGCAUAGCUCACUAUAUCAAGUUUUCCCCAUAAACAUCCUGUUGCGCCUGUUGAAGUCUGUCUGAGGGCAGGAUGCAGCAGGAGUGAGCCGUUCACCUCUGAAGCAGGGGUUUACUGGGGUCUCGGAUGGAUGGGGCUUUUCCAUGGCCACAUUUGUUCUUUUCUCUAAUCUUCUUCCUCAGCAACAUUGUGAUCCUGAUUGGCCAGUGGAUGAUGCAGUUAGGUAUGAAAGAUGAAAUUAAAGGUUGAUCAGGAGUCCUUGAGCUCCACUGACAGCCACCUGGGGGCUAAAGUGAGAAACUAUAAUCAAACUGGGCUUUGAUCGGUAGAACUGUGAAGAUGCUGACACACCUGAGUGUCAUGUUUGGAUUAAAGGAUUAAAUUGAGUCCUUUUUUGCCACAGCAGAACUGUUAUUUUGGAUUAGACAGAAACAUCCUGUCAUGUCACAGUUUUUGGUGAUCUCAGAAUAAAAGCAGUUAGUUACUUAAACAAGGACCUCUUAGUUGAUCAUUUUCCCGUCGGUCUAGAUCUUUAGUCUGUGCUGUGCUUUGUAACUUUCUGUAAGAGUAGAUUUCUUUCCCUUGUUUUUUUUUUUUUUUUUUUUUUGAGCUGCCUGUUGCAAUUUAUGAAUCUCAACUUUUCCUCUUUUACAUUUUUAAUCGGAAACGUUAUGUUUGUGGUGACGGUGAAACGUGUUUAUUCUUAAAUCUUUUACUGAAUUCUGUUGGAUGCCAAAUAAAUGUGGAACUGAGAACUGUAA